CGCUCUCUCUCUCUCUCUCUCUGUCUACCCCACGAACAGCAGACGGUCCCCUUUUCUCCAGUUCCCAUACCCUUCCGUACUUGUCUUUCGCCGACCCUGCUACACUGAUGUUGAUGUACCCUUGCCACCACCAAAAGAGCAGAAGUAACACUCGCGCGUUUGUUUUACAUGUUUUUGUUCGAUAGGAAGAAGAUCGUUGUCCUCGUGCCGGAGAAGGUCAAGCACAUACACCACCACCACGUCAAGAAGGUGUACGUCAAGCAAAAGGCGCACUACAGGCACCAGCUGCCGCCCACCAUCGAGUACAUCGACGACCUGGAGGACGGCGUCCACCGCGCGGGCGAAGGCGUCGAGGACGCCGGCGAAGAUAAGGUGCUGGGGGCCGCGUCGGAGCAGGACGUGGUCAUCGUCAAGGACACUAGUCCCUCUCACGAGCACGUCGGGCACAGCGGCGAACACCACCACCAGCACGGGCAACACGAGCUGCACCAGGGCGACGAGCCCGAGAUGAUGACUGCCAGCGGCUGGACGGGGCUGCCGUCACCACGGUCACCGUCCCAGCUGCACUAUCGUGAUCACGAUCACCAUCACCAGGGGCAUCAUCACCACGACCACCACCGCCGGCCGCACCACGAGAACCACGUGGAGCACAAGAGCAGCGCUCCGCUCCAGAGCAAAUUCCGGCCGCACGGCCACGAGGAGUCGCGGGAGCGCGUGCAACGGCAGCCCCAGGAUCACCACUACCGGCGCGGACACCAGCAGAGAGGUCACCAAGAGGACCACCACCAUCAUCAUCAUCCGCACGGCCACCGUGAGCACGGACACCACCACCACCACGACCAGAACCAGCACGCCACCCAUCACCAGGACGACGGCCACCAUCAGGGCAAGAACAAGCACCAGAGGCAGCACAGCCCGCAGCAGCAGAUCCCCAAGGAGGACUUCCAGGUGCCCGAGGACAUAAGGUCCUGGGUCAAUGAGGGCUUCGAGAAGUUCCACAAGCAGCACAUCGAGAGCUUCCCAAAGUUCAACACCGGCCACCGCGACCACGAGGGCUCCGAAACCCACAGCCAUGCCGGCCCACACCACAAUCAACCGAGUCACAUCCACAGCCAUGAGGACCCUCACCACAACCACGAAGUAAUGAGCCACAGCCAUGAGGGUCCUCACCACAACCACGGUGUGAUGGGCCACAGCCACGAUAGUCCUCUCCACAACCACGGGGUGAUGAGUCACAGCCACGAUGGUCCUCACCACAAUCACGGUGUGGCGAGGCACACCCAUGAGGGCCCGAGCCACAACCGUGACAGCCCGAGCCACAACCACGACGUGAUGACCCACAGUCAUGAGCACGGGGGUCCUCCCCCAAAACCGGAAGGGUUCCGCCCUCAACACAACCACCACCACCACGAUGACGUUCUACCCACCCACGAAGGUUUCAACCACCCGCACGGCGGUUUCCACGAUGACCACUUUGCCAACGACGUCAAGGGUGUUGACGAGGAGGACGACGGCAUUCGAGUUCAGAUAUUCGAGGACGGCAAGGAGGUCGCCACCAAGGUGAAAAAGGCCGCGCCAGCCCCGGACGCCAAGCAGCACCAGAAACAGCCGCACCGUCACCCGCAUCAUCACCACCAUCACCACCACUACCACCACCUGGACAAGGAGCAGAGCGCCGAGGGCAGCACCCGCGUCCAGAGCCAGGCCGUCAACCAGGACCGCGACCACCAUCAGGGCCACCACCGCGACCAUCGGGACCAGCGCCCCGAGGGCAGCGCCCAGCAGCAGCAGCAGCAGCACCAGCAUGCACAACCGCCUGCCCGUGAGCAGCGUCCGGAGCACAGCUCCCGGCGACCGCCCCGCCAGCCCAGCCCCCGUCCCCGGGAGUCUCCCCCCCAGCCGGCGCCGCCGCAGCGACAACACCACGACGGCCGGCAGCAGCGCCAGCACCAGCGCCAGGACCGGCCCACCGCCACGUCCAGCUCGCACAGCUCGUGGCUGCGGUGAGGGCGCCCCGUAGCAGUCCGCCCGCGCACGCCGGCAGAGACGAGUUCAACGCAACCCGUGACCUGACGAGAACAUGACUUUUACAAUCUCUACUAUUUUUAGACAGUCCUCUAAGAGGCUGUCUCUGGUUUUUUUAUUCGCCGGCUCACUUGAAGUCGACCGGCGCUGUGAUCGAAUCGUAUCCAAUGGUCCUCCCUCCAGAGCGGGAGGUACGCUGGAGGGGGGAGGGGGGAAUGCCCUUCAGUGACUGGAGAGUCCAGCCCCGUGGCUCGCGCGCUUGCGCCCGCCGACCGGCCGGCCCAGUCGGCUCGGAGGCACGAUGGGCCGCCUACCCUCCGGGCGCCCACACUCACUAUACUAGUCCCCUGUUAGUUAGGUGUAUAAAGCCCUUGUUGAUAUUACUACUCCACUCUUAAGUGUUUGUUUUAUUUUGUUUAGUUUUGUAAGUGUUAUUAACGAUACUCACGCCGAAUCACGAGCUCCCUUCUUGUGUAAUUACGUCAAGCGUACCUCGCCUAUUAAGUUUUGUAAAGUUGUACAUGUAUAAAAAUGAGCAUGAUAAUCAUACUAUUCUAUUUACCUUACGGGUAAGAACACUAUUAAAAUGUCAAAUAAGAAAACAAAAUAUGGCUCAAAAUAA